GAAACUUCGAAUUCUUCAGAACCCUCCCCAUCGGAACCCUCCGCGAGGCCGAGCGCUGCUGCUCCCAUCAGAAGUUCGAAACCCUCCUUGCCCCGGGCCGCGCGCCACUUGCCAUCGGAGGCCCCGCGGCGCCGGGCGCUGCUUGCAAUCUGGUUUCGGCAUACUACUCUUUUAUUCUUUGUUUUUCAUGAUUUUACUUCUCGUUUUGGGUAAACAACUCGUGUCAAUGUGAUUAGCCAAUAACUCGUAUCAAUUGGUCGCUAGAAUUGUUACUGGUCCAAAAUUGAAUCCAGGUAAGUUGUUUGGAUCCACUGAUUUCCUACUCGGCGUUGGGGAAGAAGAAUUUAAUAGCAGAAUUUUUUAUUCCGAAUUAUUAAUUGGUGAACGUAUAAUUUUCGUAUAAAUCGUGUAUCCGAAUAAUUGGCGAAUCCGUUUUUUAGGCCGUAUUUUUCAACGAAUUUGAAAAUUGGGAUACGGAUUUUAUUCGUAUUAUACUGGUACCGAAUUUUUGCCGAAUCCGAAUUAACUAACUAAUCGCACUUUCACUGCGCAUUAUAGUUACAGCAAACAAAGGGAGAAUCCUAUAAACCUAGAAGCCUUAAAAACGGAGAUGGAAGAGGAGAUGGAGAUGGAAGUGGAGACGGAGGCAAGAACCAACACCUCUCUCUCCUCUUCCUCUCCCUUGAAGCGUCUCGGCCUUAAGAACACCAUCCACACCAACUUCGGCGACGACUAUGUCUUCCAAAUCGCUUCUAGCAAGCCAGGAGAUCUCAACAUUGGCAGUUUCUUUGUCCUCAAACACAAUCAAAAUUUAUUCUCCAGCAACUGGACAAUAUUUUGGGGAGUGUAAAGGACAUAGUGGAACCAUCCAUGAGGUUGCCUUUUCAGCUCCAUCCUCAGCUCAUAUAUUUUGUUCCUGUUCGUCUGAUGGUACAAUUAGAGCAUGGGAUACUAGAAGCUUUAAACAGAUUUCUAUGUUAAGUGCUGGUUCUCCGCAAGAAAUAUUUAGCUUUUCUUUUGGUGGAUCUAGUGGCAACCUACUAGCUGCUGGUUCCAAUGCUCAGGUUCUAUUCUGGGACUGGAGAAAUCAAAAGCAACUGGCAUGUUUGGAGGAAUCCCACAUGGAGGAUGUGACACAAGUACGAUUCGUUCCAAGUCAGCAAAAUAAGCUCAUUUCUUCUUCUGUUGAUGGAUUAUUGUGUCUUUUUGAAACCGAUGGCGAAAUCAAUGACGAUGAUAAUUUGUUAUCAGUGAUGAAUGAGGGAACUUCUAUUGCAAAGGUGGGGUUCUUUGGGAGUAGGAAUCAGAAACUUUGGUGUUUGACGCAUAUUGAAACUUUAAGCAUUUGGGAUUGGGAUGAUGCAAGCAGAGAGGCCAACUUUGAAAAUGCUCGUUCUGUGGCUUCUGAUAGAUGGAAUCUUGAUCAGAUAGAUUAUUUCGUCGAUUGUCACUACUCCACAACAGAUGAUCGAUUAUGGGUUAUCGGCGGUACUGGUUCAGGAACACUUGGCUACUUCCCUAUAAACCCUAAUCCUGUGGCUUCAAUCGGGCCCGCCGAAGCUAUUCUAGAAGGAGGCCAUUCAGGAGUGGUGAGAAGCGUAUUACCUGCUUCGAGCACUCGUAUCAGUAGCCUUGCACAAAAUAAGGGCAUGUUUGGAUGGACCGGAGGUGAAGACGGCCGGUUAUGUUGCUGGUUAUCUGACGAAUCAUCAGAAGUGAAACGCUCGUGGGUUUCAAGUACGUUUGUCAUGAAACCGCACAAAGAUAGAACUAAAAAUCGACAUCAUCCAUACUGAAGGAUUGGAAAGAAGCGGCUUCUUGAUUGAAGAUCGUUGAGCUAAAGUAUGCUAUCCCUUUCUUUGAUGUUGUAAUGCUACUUCAAUUUUUUUAAAAAAAAAUUAGUUAAUCGUAGUCUCGAUAGCUGUAUAAUAGUUUGUCGGAAGGCCUUUGAUGCAUCUUUUUUUUCUCUUUCAUGGCAUUGUGAUGGUGUCCUUUUGUCUUUCUUUCCAACGUUCUCGAUGCACUUUUUAUCUUUGUUAAGUUAAAAAUGAUGAAUUGGCUUCACUUUACUGAAUUAUUUAUGAGUGAAAGAAAGAAAAUACUCGG